AUAAAAAUCUCAUGUAUUUAUGUUAUUUAUACAUAAACACUUGUUUUGUAAAAGAAUAAACAGAGAGAAUAAACCACACACGCACACGUUAACUGUGUUCGUCGCUCUUCGUGAGCGCGAACGUUAAGAAACCAUAUAUCAUUUUCAUCACAAUUUUCAGUUCUCUUACUGUGUUCGUAAAAUCGAAUGACGGCAGUAACUUUCUUCGUACAUUUAUUUUUUUUUUUUUUCAUCAUGCGUUGGCCUUUUUUUUUGGUGAUUUUCAUUAUUAUUCCUUGGAUAGCGGUACUAAACUUGUUUGCUACACAUUUUUAUGUAAAGUCAGUUUCUAAAGUUCAAACAAUUAGCCUAUCAAAUCCAUGGACAUUAGUAACUCGAAAUAAUGCACGUCUGAUAAGAUUAUAUAAAAAAUAUAAUUUAUUAUUAAAUUUGACAGCAUUUAAAACAAAUUAUUUAUCAAAGAAAACGAUAAUUUAUUCUUGUGCAUCAUUUUGUGGUGGUUGGGGAGAUCGAUUGCGUGGUAUUACAUCUGUUUAUAUUCUUGCUUUAUUAACUAAUCGUCGUUUUAUGAUUGAUAUGAAUUAUCCUUGUGACAUUUUGACAGUGAUUCAACCCAAUUUUGUUAAUUGGACAUAUGUUAAACACAAUAAAUCGGAAAAACGAACUCGCUUGUUUAUUAAUACGAUGCCUUCAUGGCAGAAAACAUAUCGAACUAGUAUAUCAAAUAUGAUUCAAUCAACGGAUUUCGUUAAAACUUGGUUACCAUAUGAUGAUAUAGUUAUAGCAACAAAUAGCGACUAUAUGACACCAGCACUUCGUAAUAGUUAUAUGCUAAAUAAAACUCGACAAUUACUUGGUCGAAUUCCUGUAUCGCAAGCUACAAUGCAAACAUUAUUUGCUCUUAUUUUCGAACUUCUUUUCAAACCUUCUGUAGCUGUUCGUAAUCGAGUUGAUUCUGUACUAGUUAAUUCUCGUCAUCGACAUCUUAUUUGUUUGCAUAUUCGCAUUGGUAAAAAUCCAACAAAUCCUUUUGAUCAUUCGUUUACAGCUCGAGCAAAUACAACAAAAGCAAUGAUAAAGUUUAUUGAUAAUUAUCUAUUAAAUAAAUCUUCAUCACUUGUUUUCGUUGCAGCUGAUAGUGGUCAAGCUGUAUCAGAUAUUUUACGUCAUUAUCCAAAAUCAUCAAUGACAAUUACUGGUCCUAUUUUACAUAUUGAUCGAUUUGAUUCGCAAUCACCCACUAUAUGUGAUGGAUUUAUUAAAGUUAUUGCCGAUUUUUAUCUUUUAGGCGAAUGUAAAACAUCACUUUUAUCAAAUAGUGGAUUUUCAUCAUGGGCUAAUCGACGGAGAGAAAACCCAAAUGAAGAAUUGUACUAUUAUAAUGAAAAAUUAGAAGAAAUGAGGAAAGUUAAUUAA